GGUCCGCGUGUAUAUCGAGAAUUGCGAAGGCGUGCGGUAUUUUCUGGUCUCUUCUAUCAGCUGGUUUCGACACAGGCGGGAUACACAAAGAAAUUGCAAUAACGAGAUGCGUUCGACCCAUGUUGCAUUGUAUGCUUUCCGGUUGACACUAAAUCAGGGAGCCAGCCCAGCUUUCUACAAAGCCAAGAGUUUCGAUCGUGGCACAGCGACGUCCGCAAUCUUUCUUGCGACCUUUGGAUUAUCUAUGAGUAUGUUCUCCUUAAAACAAAUGCAGUCGUCGCACCAGCGUCGUCUGCGAAGACUCUGCUAAAUGUUUUAUUAGUCGUAAUUUAUAAAACAAACAAAAUCAACAGUCAUCUUGAAGAAAUAAAUUCGUCGAUCAUGAAAAUAUGUCUGCGCAACAAUUUAUCAUAGUUGACAAUGUUAUUGUGAAGUCAGCAUGCGGUAUAUGUUGGCUAUUAUACCUCCACAUCUAGAGUGAGAGUUUGCGAUUUAUAUCUAUGUUGUAUUAGGCAAUCCUACAAUUUCGAACAAAUUUCGUGGCAUGUUCCUCUGUUGAAGUGCAAACAAUUCGUAUGUUUAAAGGAUCAUGUCCUCGAUUCGUAGACGCGCAUGCAAGACCGCGUGCUUCAAUCACGUAGAAUUCAGUACUUGGUACAGAUAUAGAUUACGAAUAAACUAGUUUUCGUGAAAGACAGCAUUGCAUUCGAGCGAGACAUAUGUGCUUCGUGAAUCGAAUAGUAACUUUUUUCUAAGAACAAUAAAAAAAUUAAAUAUACACGUAGUUUAUCACAUAAGAAGAGAUAUUCUAGUCGUGUGAGCAAACGAGAAAUGAUGCAGCAAAUACACAUUUUUACACGAAUUCUUUUCCGAGAAAACUUGCUGCAAAUGAUCGAUAUAUCAAAAAGGAUUUUUUGUGUUAUUAUGUAUCACAAUUUAGCAUAUCUUGUUGAUUAUUUUUGAAAAUAGUUCCUUCUGAUGCACAAUCACAAUUACUGACGCAAUGUUAUUUGAUUUUAUGAUAUUGCACGUUAUCUCAA